GCACUGCGCUGAGCCUGGCGGGUCUGGGGUCUGCAGCUUGGGGCCCACGGGGCCCCAGAGCUCGUAAGAGGUUGGGGAUCGUGAGGCCAGGGUCACCGCGACCCGCGGGGUCCUGUGAGUAGGCGGUGCGGAGGGGAAACUGAGGCCGGGCGCCAUCGGGCAGGCCCUUCGAGCCCUGAUCUCCCUUCCCCGGGCCCCAGGUCCUGGAAAUGCUGGUCCGCGGCCUGGUGGCGAGGACGGCGGGAGGGGAAGGCGCCCCGCAUGUAGUGAGCGCUCGCUGGGUGUUCGCUGCCGUUCCGCUCUUAUUAACCGCCUGGAAACGUCGUCCCUGUGACUCAUGGACCCCCGUUUGUGGGGACUGAAGUCGGAACUCUAGUUCCAGCGCCGCCAGUCCCUACCUGGGUGGCCUUGCCCAGCCUCUUGGCUUCUCGGAGCCUCAGUUUUCCCCUCUGUAAAACGGGCGUUGUUCAAAAGUCCCUGCCUAGGAGAAGGAGAACCGCAGGGUCCAGCGAAAUCUGAGAACUCCAAAGAAUUAGCAGGCGUUCGUCUUAUAUCAUGUUUAGAGUCUUCUUCUGCGUAUCGUGCUAGAGGUGGGGGAAAUCUGGGAUUCAGGACCAGUCCACCACCACCUCCCACCCGCUGUGUAAACCUGGUGGCCGUCAGUGAUUUACAGCUGGGAGCGGUUUGGCAGUGUCUGGGGACGUGUGUGGUUGUCUCAACUGGAGAGUGUUUCUGGCGUGCAGUGGGGGGAGCCAGGGGUGCUGCUCAGCCCCCUGCCGUGCCCAGGACAGAAUCAUCCACCCAAGAUGCCCACAGUGCCACAGGUAUCACCUCUUCUGGGCUCAAGAUGGACAACAAGAAGCGCCUGGCCUACGCCAUCAUCCAGUUCCUGCAUGACCAGCUCCGGCAUGGGGGCCUCUCGUCCGAUGCUCAGGAGAGCUUGGAAGUCGCCAUCCAGUGCCUGGAGACUGCGUUUGGGGUGACGGUAGAAGACAGCGACCUCGCGCUCCCUCAGACUCUACCGGAGAUAUUUGAAGCGGCUGCCACGGGCAAGGAGAUGCCGCAGGACCUGAGGAGCCCCGCGCGAACCCCGCCUUCCGAGGAGGACUCAGCAGAGGCAGAGCGCCUCAAAACCGAAGGAAACGAGCAGAUGAAAGUGGAAAACUUUGAAGCUGCCGUGCAUUUCUACGGAAAAGCCAUCGAGCUCAACCCAGCCAACGCCGUCUAUUUCUGCAACAGAGCCGCAGCCUACAGCAAACUCGGCAACUACGCAGGCGCGGUGCAGGACUGUGAGCGGGCCAUCUGCAUUGACCCGGCCUACAGCAAGGCCUACGGCAGGAUGGGCCUGGCGCUCUCCAGCCUGAACAAGCACGUGGAGGCCGUGGCUUACUACAAGAAGGCGCUGGAGCUGGACCCCGACAACGAGACGUACAAGUCCAACCUCAAGAUAGCGGAGCUGAAGCUGCGGGAGGCCCCCAGCCCCACGGGAGGCGUGGGCAGCUUCGACAUCGCCGGCCUGCUGAACAACCCCGGCUUCAUGAGCAUGGCUUCGAACCUAAUGAACAAUCCCCAGAUUCAGCAGCUCAUGUCCGGCAUGAUUUCGGGUGGCAACAACCCCUUGGGAACUCCCGGCACCAGCCCCUCGCAGAACGACCUGGCCAGCCUCAUCCAGGCGGGCCAGCAGUUUGCCCAGCAGAUGCAGCAGCAGAACCCAGAGUUGAUAGAGCAGCUCAGGAGCCAGAUCCGGAGUCGGACGCCCAGCGCCAGCAACGACGACCAGCAGGAGUGACACCGCCCGCUCCCGGUGUGACCGCGUCCUUCCCUGGCCGACCGGAAGGAAGCCUUCUGGUUGUCUGCCACUUCCUCCUGUUGGACUGCCUGAGAGAGGGGAAGAGAGAGACCUCGGACCUGCAUGUCAAGAUGGAUUUUCCCCUUUUAUCUCUGCCCUCCUCCACUCCCUUUUUGUAACUCCCUUACAGCCCCCAGACCCUUCUUGAAACGAGAGCCAGCAAGCUGAGCACAGACCAGCAGCGACCUCCCUUCCAGCCCCCAGAAAGCUCGGUCACCUGAGUGUUUUCUAGAAUCCUGGGGUGCUCCCGGGCCGCUCUCAGAGAAGCGGCAGGUUUCACGUUCAGCCGUGUGGCGGAUCGUGUGGCUUCCAAAGCCUUUUACAGCCCCCGCGCCCCCAUCCCGUGGUCUGUCUGCAGGAACUCUCCCGUCUGUGAGAAGCCUCUUUCCGAGUCGACCUCCUGGCCACCCCGGCCCCGUGCCUGCUCGGAAGAGCUCACUGCCAGCCGCGGCCUGGGCACCGCGGGCCAUGUGUGUUUGCAUGAGGAACUCUUUAGUGGCAGACACCUAAGAGAUGGCUGCGGUCACCCCACGCCUCUGCGGCUCAGGAGCCGUCCUGGGUGCAUAGGACCAGUUUCUGUGACUUUUCUCCAGUUGGGCAUGUUGACAGACAUGUUUCCCCUCCUCCCACCCUCAUUUUCUGGUCCUCACAACUGAGAGCCAGGGGCGACAUCAUGACCUCCUGUCCCGGCCGCCUUAGCCCCGGGCACAGGGAAGGCAGCUGGGCCGUUUCUGUCUGUGUCCCAUCCUGCUGUCCUUCUGUCCUGGAUGUUUCAUGGGCCCGGGGCCCCCCCGGGAAGCUUACCCCUCCUGUGCUGGGUGGUGGCCACGGGACACCUCAGGUGCCACCCACCUUGGCCCUAAAACAGCCACCAGGAAAGCAGCCAGAGAGCCGGACAGUGGGCGGCCUGUCUGGGUUCCUGAGGCCUGGGGGUGGCAGACGAGCCCACGGCGCCGUGGUCCCGGCAGCAGGGUUGUCAGUCGGAGCGUCCUGGGGCUCCCUGGCUCUCGGCCGUCUGUGAGGUAGGCGCAGUACCGUGUGUCGUAGGUAACAGUAGGAACGGGGGCCGCCGCGGCCCUGCAGCCGCUCAUGGCGGUGAGGUGUGUGCCAAGCCCACCCGGGGUGCAGGGCGUGACGUGUGGGAAAUAAAUAGGCGUUGUGACCUC